AUGCCAACAUACUCAGUUGAAAAUCAAGUAGAGUUUGGUGUCAAUUCUGGAAAUUCAGGUGACAAUGGUGCAGCUACACCUCUAACUCAGAAUCUGCAGGAAGGAAAUUUGUCAUCUACUCAUCACACUCCAAGUGAUAUAAGUAGUGAAGAAAGGAGAACUCAAGCCUAUGAUCAUUCUCCAUUAAAGUGGAGGAGACUAGAUGAUGUGUUGGCACAAUGUAACUUGUGCAUCGUGGAACCAGAAAACUAUGCUGAUGCUGCACAGGAUGAAUCUUGGCUUAAGGCUAUGCAAGAUGAAUUGUACACGAUUGAAAAGAAUGGAACAUGGGAAUUGGUGGAAAGACCAUCUGAAAAACCAGUGAUUGGAGUUAAAUGGGUUUACAAGACAAAGCUAAAUUUGGAUGGUUCAGUUCAAAGGAAUAAAGCAAGAACACUUAUUGCUCUUGCUGCCCAAAAGAACUGGAAAUUGUACCAACUUGAUGUGAAGUCUGCUUUCCUUAAUGGAGUAUUACAAGAAGAAGUCUACAUUGAUCAGCCGGAUGGUUUUGUGAUUCAAGGUCAAGAAGACAAGGUAUAUAAGCUACAUAAGGCUCUAUAUGGUUUGAAACAAGCACCUAGGGCCUGGUAUGGAGAGAUAGAUAACUAUUUCUCUCAAUGUGGUUUUGAGAGAAGCUUAAGUGAAGCAACCUUGUACACCAAGGUAAGGGGAGAUACGGAGAUCCUAAUUGUGUCUAUCUAUGUAGACGAUAUUGUGUAUAUAGGGAGCAGUCAAACACUGUUAGCUGAAUUCAAAGAAGAUAUGAUGGCUAAGUAUGAGAUGACUGACUUGGGUCUACUUCAUCAUUUUCUUGGCAUGGGAGUUAUUCAAACCAAGUCUAGUAUAUUUCUACAUCAAAAGAAGUAUGCUAGCACAUUGUUGAACAAAUUUGGCUUGAUUGAAUGCAAAUCUGUAACCACACCUCUUGUUGCCACUGAGAAACUAGCUAAGGAUGAUGGGAGUGGAGCUGCAAAUGAAGAACACUACAGAAGCAUUGUUGGUAGUAUGUUGUACUUAACUGCUACAAGACCCGACAUCAUGUAUGCUUCAAGUCUGCUAGCCAGAUUCAUGCACUGUCCUACAAACAGGCAUUAUGGAACAGCUAAACGUGUUUUGAGAUAUGUCAAAGGAACUCUAGACUACGGCUUAGAGUAUGUGAAAGGCAGGAAAUCAGUUCUGAUCGGCUACUGUGACAGUGAUUGGGGAGGAUCAGUUGGUGAUAGCAAAAGCACAUCGGGGUAUGCUUUUACUUUUGGAAGUGGAGUGUUUUCUUGGGCCUCAGUGAAACAGAACUGUGUUGCACUGUCCACUGCAGAAGCUGAGUACAUCAGUGCAGCUGAAGCCACUACUCAGGCCAUUUGGCUUCGAUUUGUGCUAGAGGAUUUUGGAGAGCUUCAAACUGAAGCUACUCCAUUGCAUUGUGAUAACAUCUCAGCAAUAGCAAUCACUAAGAAUCCUGUAUUCCAUCAGAAGACAAAGCACAUUGACAGGAGAUACCAUUUCAUAAAGGAUGCUUUGCAAGAAGGAGUUAUUAAUCUGGAAUAUUGUCCCACGAAUGAGCAACUGGCUGACAUAUUCACCAAACCUUUGGCCAAAGAUAGAUUCAAUUAUCUCAGAGAGAUGCUUGGAGUGAAAUCAGCUCAAGACUUAAAGGGGAGUGUUGAAUUAUAA